ACUAACCCCACGAUGGCCGAAGAAGAACCUUUUUUCAACAUCAGCGAAGACCUGGUCGAGCUCCCGCAGUACAAAGCUGCUGGAGACUCUUCUCUCGACUUCGAUGGCCUCCUCAGCCCGCCGUUGAGGCUCCAUGAAGAUCUGAAGGGAGGAUGCGGCGGACAGCUUUGGCCCGCGGGCAUGGUCCUGUCCAAGUACAUGCUACGGAAGCACAGGGACGGCCUUGCGGGCAAGUCAAUAGUUGAACUGGGUGCAGGUGGCGGUCUUGUGGGCCUGGCAGUCGCCAUUGGCUGCAAUGGCAUUACCCGCGAGAACCCGCUUUGGAUUACCGACCAGAUCCCCAUGUUUGAGCUUAUGAAGCAGAACAUUGCGCUCAACAAGCUGGACGACAACGUCAAGGCACUCGUCUAUGACUGGGGCGAGGAGCGGCCCGCCGAGCUCCCCAAGCAUCCGGACGUCAUCCUUGCAGCCGAUUGCGUGUACUUCGAGCCGGCCUUUCCUCUUCUGCAGAAGACGAUGGAAGACCUGAUCGGCGAGAACACGGUGUGCUGGUUCUGCUUCAAGAAGAGGAGACGGGCGGACUUGCACUUUGUAAAGGCGAUCAAGAAGAUGUUCAUCGUGGAAGAGGUCAACGACGACCCGGACAAGGAGAUCUACUCGAGAGAGAACUUGUUCUUGUUCAAAAUUACGAGGAAGAAGAGUGGCGCGGGUGCUUGAACGAAGAGGAACUUGAACCAAUUUCAAGAAAACGUAUUAUGAAGAUAACGGUUGUCUGACGAUGUUCACGCAGUGACAGGCAUAGAAGAAGGCAUUGAUGUUGUGUGCUGUGCCUGAAUAACAUGGCUAGAAAUGUUAAGCCAAACUACGGCGAAUAAAAUGUAUACAAAGCUUCUCUUUGAGUCCUCUGUUAAGUGUGAAAGGGACUGCUACCUACUUUAUAACUACCCUGGUCUGUUGGUUUCGGGCUCUGCGCGCAUUGAUU